AUGACAGCUCUACCACCACCGAUUGCCUUCUUCCCAUUUUCUGACAAUCAAACUCUUCAAAACGUCGUUGAUGCUUCCAUGACGAUAAAAGUAUCUGGAGAGUUUGCAACAUCGAGCUCUGAACGAACUGGAGUAUUAAAUGAACCAUACAAAGCCGUACGAUUUUCUUCCGACACAAUGAGAGAGAUACGUGUGUCCCCAUCUUCUCCGUUCCAACCAAAGUUUGCUCUGUCAGUCUGUAGUUGGAUAAUGAUGAAGUCAACUGAUUCCAAUACAUUCUAUAAGCAUAAUAAAUUAAAAUUAAAUAUUGAGCAUAAUUUGUAUGAAGUAGAAUUGACAUAUAAGAACGAAAUCCAUCAUUACAAAUACAAAUUUAAAGCAACGGGGACGACUAAGUUACUGACAAAAAGAUGGUACUUUAUCAGUUUCUCUUUUACGAGUGUACGAGGAGGAAGCGUGCUGCUUGAGCUAGAUGGUCAAGUGGAAUAUCACAAGGAAAAUAUCGCUUCUGCUUCCCAAAGCAUUACAAUGUUGUUUGGAGAGAAAAUAGAGUUAGGGCACCAUUUGGAUGGAAAGAUGGCUUGUGUUCAGGUGUACAAUGCUUGGUUGACGAGUGCACAAAGAACAAUGGCCAAAUAUAAAUGUCUGGAUGAAAUUGAACAAGGAAUCUACCAGAUGCCUGUAAUCACUUCUGUUAGUCUUGUAUCACAAACACAAGCGGUAGUAUCUUGGCUAAAGGUUGAUUAUCCAAUAAGAGGUCUGAUUCAGGGAUAUCGCGUAACUUACUCCACAACAAAUAUAACUUCAUGGUCCAUCCUUUCAUKUAACGAAUCAUCCACCACGUUGAAUGGUCUCCAGACAGGAUUAGUUUAUAACGUUUCAGUUCAAGCUCUUGGACGAAAAGAUGGUCCCAAAAGUCAACUUGUAAAUUUCACCAUACCAGAAGUACCUAUCAGUCCACCAACCAAUAUCACGGCUAUUAGUACAGGAACGUCUUCUAUUCGUAUUACAUGGGUUCCUUCUACAAGCCCUGGGUUGGGUUAUUACGUUUCUAUCCAGGCUUUAGACAACGCAGCUGGAGAUAUCACAGUAAUUUUGUGUCCUAAUGUCACAACAUAUGAGUUACAGGGCCUGACUGCUAUGACAGAUUACCUUGUCAAAGUAGGUGUAUUGGAUGCUAAAAAAGUUGUGAAAACAGGUCAAAAUGUAACUGUGAAAACCGAAGAAGAAGCUCCAUUGAAUAAACCCUACAACGUACGGGUAUUAAAUAUCAAGUAUGAUACUCCCUGUAUCUAUGUCAACUGGCAACACAGAGUCAGCUCUAGUCUAAGGGGCAUUCUCCGGGGAUUCACGAUUAGCAUUUGGCCUACCGAUGGAAACGAGAGUCAAGCCAAGAAUUAUUCAGUCAUUGCUAAACGUUACCAUAAAAUGUAUGACUUAGAUGUGGGUAAUAAGUACACGGCAGUAGUUUAUCCCUUUACAACACAUGUAGGACCAGGCAGUGAUCCAACCACCAGUAGGGAUGAAGAAGCUGUCAAGUAUCCUCCGACAUCCCUUUUUGGUUCUGUCGACGAAUCGUGCAGCAUGAUUCAGUUGAGCUGGUAUCAUCCAGAUCGUAGUGUGACAUUUGGUUUAGUAAGACACUACCGUGUUAAAUACUAUACCUACAGCGAGGGCCCUCAAGCAGCCAUAAGCGUUAUAGUUAAACACAGAUCACUACUGAAUGUGACAAAAAUCAACUCAUUCCAGACAUACGCCAUUUGCGUCGCAGCCAGAUCUUUACCAGAUACGCCAUUUGGUCCAUGUACAGAUACGUUGAACAUCACCACCAACUGCAACACUUCAAGGACUGGUUCUGUAAGUGAGUGGAGUAACUGGACCAACUGUAGCCAGAGAUGUGGAGACGGCAUAAGGAAUCGUUCUCGUACUUGCCUCACUUCACCUUGCUAUUCCAACCUUAAUGAGAGCGAGUACUGCAACACUAACCAUUGUCCAGGUAUAACUCUCGAAGCAAAUUUUACAGAAGAAUUAUGGAAUGAAAAUUUAGUUAAAAGUGAAAGCACACAGUUCAAGGAUCUUGAAAGCAAAAUCCGUAAAAAUGUGGAUUUGGUUUACGAAGGAGCAAGUCGUUUGGUUAAAGACGUCAAGUUGAUAAAGAGCUGGCAGGGAAGUGUCAUGGCAUCUGUCAAUAUCACCUUUUUCUCAUCAACUGCUUAUGAAAUCCUUAGACUACAGGAGUGAAUGGAUAUUAAUUGCACCAUCGGCUUGAUGCCUGUCAUCCCAACUGCUCUUUAUUCUUAUAAUGUGGCAAGGAAGGGACCCGUAGUUAGUUCUAUAAUUAGCAUAGCAACUACAUCAGCUCAAGUAACCUGGACCCCAAUCAACACUACGUAUUACAAUGGAUAUCUCCAAGGCUACAAAAUCAAUUACCGCCCGUCAACUAUGAACACGUGGCAAAGCACUAACUGUUGUAGCAGCUGUCUUUCGACUGUUGUUAGUGGCUUAGAACCAAUGGUGACCUAUCGGUUUCGAGUACAAGGAAUCACAGAGAAAGGCAAUGGUAUUGUAGUACCAGCAUCUAUUAUUACCAUGCCACAGUUAGCAUCAAACGCGUCUCCAGGUCAAGUGAAAGCAGCAGCGUUGAGUUUUACUGUGAUAACAGUGGAAUGGAGUCAAGCAGCAGUAAGGGAGACUCGCGGUGGAUGUCAAAGAUUUACGGGUUUUACGGGCGGUUUGAGGAAUGGUCCGGCACGGGAAAUACCCGUGUCUCGUUAUUUGU